CUGGAGCCAAGCAAGGGCAGCUCCUAAAAUGACUGGCUACCACAGUUGGGGAUAUGGGCAGGCUGACGGCCCUUCCGAGUGGCACAAAGCUUACCCCAUUGCCCAGGGGAACCGCCAGUCGCCCAUUGACAUUGACUCUGCACGGGCGGUCUAUGACCCCAGCCUGCAGCCGCUUGUCAUCUCCUACGAGUCCUGCACCUCCCUCAGCAUCUCCAACACCGGCCACUCCGUCAUGGUGGAGUUUGAGGACACUGACGACAGGACGGCAAUCAGUGGAGGGCCUUUUCAGAAUCCAUUCCGGCUAAAGCAGUUCCACUUCCACUGGGGGACCACACACAGCCAGGGAUCAGAGCACACUAUUGAUGGAAAACCUUUUCCCUGUGAGCUCCACUUAGUACAUUGGAAUGCCAGAAAAUAUGCAACAUUUGGAGAGGCAGCAGCAGCUCCAGAUGGCUUGGCAGUAGUUGGUGUUUUCUUGGAGAUUGGAAAAGAACAUGUCAAUAUGAACAGACUCACUGAUGCAUUGUACAUGGUAAAAUUUAAAGGAACAAAAGCUCAGUUUAGAGGCUUCAACCCUAAAUGUCUCCUGCCCUUGAGUCUAGAUUACUGGACAUACCUUGGUUCUCUGACAACCCCACCCCUUAAUGAGAGUGUGACAUGGAUAGUGCUGAAAGAACCCAUCAGAAUCUCUGUGAAACAGCUGGAGAAAUUUCGCAUGCUGCUCUUCACUGGUGAGGAAGACCAGAGGAUCCAAAUGGCCAAUAACUUUCGCCCCCCUCAGCCUCUGAAGGGAAGAAUUGUUCGAGCUUCCUUCAAGGCCUGAAGAAAACUGAUAAUGGACCUGAGAUAUCCAAGAGCUUCCACAUGUGAGAUACUCUGGUCUACAGACCACUCAUGGAACUCACAAGACAGGCAUUUCCACGAACCCUCUGCUUGGAGGGGGACAAUCUUCUGGCUUCCUAUUUCAUUUGAAGUGCCCAUUCUUUGGAGGAAUGGGACCUUUUUAAUCAGUACCCUUUAAUAUAAGGAAUAGCUGAGUGAACUACGUUGUUAUCCAAGACAUGAAACUCUAUAAAAUUAAAAAGACAUUAAAAUCCUGCUUGACAUAAAAUGGAAAAUUGUGUAAUGAUCUAUUAGUGCAGACGGCCACAACUUCUACUUGUCUCAUUUAAUAUAUGAGGAAACAGUAAUCAAGAAUUUUGGACUUAAAUUUUCCUUUCUGUUCUGUUGCUACCAUUUGCUGAACUCUGAUUUAAAGACUGCUUUCACUGUAUUCUUGCUGCCUGAUGACACAGAUUGUAUGAGUAGCACUAGAAAAAAGUUCUUUACUCGCCUCAAGUAGGCCCUGGUAUGAAAAUUAAGUAUGUAUUUUAAAUCCAAUGUUCUAAGAUGUUUUCUUACAA